CGUUACCGCCCAGAUUACUUAGAGGAUUAUGAUAAAAUCGGUUACAAACAUACGCUGGCCACAUUUUAUUCAAAGGCCUGCUUUUGGUGGCUAACUCCCUUGCUGUGGUUUGGUUACAAAGAACCCUUGGAAUUGGAAGAUUUGGGUCAAAUGCGAGUGGAGGAUAGUGCGAGGGCACAUUAUGAUCGUUUUUUGCUGAUUUAUAAAACAGAAAAAGUGAAACAUUCGGACAAGCCUCCCUCAUUGUGGCUGUGCUAUUUGAAAAACAGUUGGCGGAUGUUCACUUUGGGUGGUCUCUUAAAAUUGUUCGGUGAUUUAUUUGCGGUGAUUGGCCCAUUGGCUAUACAGCAAAUUGUGCAAUAUAUCGAAAUCAUGUAUAGCAUGCAUUACGACGACGGCAACAAUCGACCGGGCUCUGAUGACCAUCAGCAACAAGGAGGCAAUAGCAACAACAAUAUAAAAAGAAGCAUUAGAAGUAACCAGGCCAUUAAUGCCACAAAAAUGGCCCAAAAGGCAAUCAAUGUCGUAACUGUAGCAGCAUUCGAUGCAGCAACAGCAUCGGGAUCCAAUUGGCUGCCAAAUACAAUGUGUCCAGAAUGUGCAACAAGAGAUUCAGCCUGGAUGCUGCCCAGUUACGACAACUUAGAUAACAACUACAAUGAUUUUGGAAAUAUUAAUACCGAUGUGUAUAAUCAAAUUGCCAAUGGUAACGAUUAUAAUGCAACCACAAUGCCUUAUGCUUCUCUUUCAGCUGCUGGUGCUUCUUCGUCGUACGCCUCCUCCUCGUCCUCCUCAUACGCUUCGUCGUACUCCCCCAUGGCCAUGGAAGGCAUAACAAGUGAUAGUGAAGUGGAAAUUUACUAUGCCACAUGGUCUGAUUUAGUAACGAAUGGCUGGUGCAUUGCUUGGCUGGUACUGUUGGCUGCCCUGGCCCAGGGUGCCUUGUCACAGGCAUCAACGCACAUACUUAAUAUGACAGGGAUUCGCAUCAAGACAUCACUGCAGGGUCUCAUCUAUCGUAAAACACUAUUGUUAAAUUCAGCAUACAUUGAAACAAAUGCCAGCCACUCCUCCGCCUCGACUUCCUUCGCCAGCAGCAGUCCAGGCAACUCAAUGGCAGCUACGAGGCCAAAUGACUUGCAACAAUCGAAUGGUGAUAAUCAUUGUAAAUCGGAAAAUGGUGUGAAUAGUAAUUGUACCACUACCACCACGACAGCGUCAAAGACUAAUGCAAGUAGGUCAGAUAAUGAUAGUCUCAUCAUUGAUGAUUCUACCAAUGCCGAGGAUAUAAAUUUACCAACAACAACAACGACAUCGAAGGAUAAUAACAAUGUUGUAAAGCCGAAUGACAACAACUCACUAAAUGACAUUGGAGCCAUAACAAAUUUAAUGUCUGAGGAUACAUUAAAUAUAAUGUCCUUCUUUUGGAUUGCUCACUACGUUUGGGCCAUACCAUUGAAAAUUGGCGUCGUUAUGUAUUUGCUGUACUUGAAGUUGGGCAUAAGCGCUGUAAUUGGUUCAUUUGUUUGCAUUUUAACAAUGACUCCAUUGCAGUUUUUAAUUGGCAAGGCUAUGUCUCAAAAUGCUGAAGUAAUGGCGAAAUUCACCGAUAUACGUUUAAAGAAACUACACGACUGUUUUAUGGGUAUCAAAUUAAUCAAACUAAAUGCGUGGGACAAUGUUUUCAUAACAAAAAUAACCGAAGCCCGUAACAAUGAAUUGAAAUACUUAAAUAAGGAUUCAUUUUAUUGGACUUUAAUGACAAUUUUAACCCACAUCUCCUCGGUGCUCAUUACCUUUGUUACCUUGGCCGUUUAUGUUUAUUACGAUAGUAAUUCGGAAAUCACGGCCAGUCGUUUAUUUUCCGCUUUGGCAUUGUUUCAACAGUUAACCGUACCCCUGCUCAUUUUCCCCAUUACCGUGCCCAUUAUAUUGUCGGCCAUUGUUUCCACGAGGCGUUUGGAAAAAUUCCUCGCUGCCCAUGAAAUACAAAAACAAUUCGAAGGAAUACGAAAUAUGGCUAGAAUUCUAAGUAAAAGUGAUGCUUCGUUGGAUAUGUAUGAGGUGAAAUCGAAAUCGUUGCCAACGAAUAUCACCUUGAAAACGGUUAGUGAACAGGUGAAUUCCAAGGCGACGGGGAAGCCAAAUAUUAAAAUCUAUAUACCGGAUAAACCGGCACCGUUGGCAAAUUCCGAACCACAGACGCCAUUGAUUGUAUCCGAAAACAAAGAAAUGAUGGAAUUUCCGGUGGAUCAUAAAAAGUUGUCGUCACAUGCACGUAAGGAGCUGCUAAGAAAUACACCAUAUGUGGUAAUAAGACCACGUAAAAAUCUAACAACACAUGGACAACAGGCACAAAUUAAAGCAGGACAUCGUACAUCACAUCAUCGUACGGGGAAGACCGAUUCAUGGCAUCGUGAUUCAUUGCUUUUAAAAAUGCCCGAUGACAUUGCUGUCUCCGUGAAGAAUUGUAAAUUCUCAUGGAAUCCUCAAGGCACCACCACCAUGUUGUAUAUCCGGGAUUUUGUUGUGCCCCGCGGCAAGCUAACAAUGAUUGUUGGCAAAAAUGGUAGUGGCAAAUCGUCGCUGUUAUCGGCAUUGCUAAUGGAAAUGCCAUUAAUAUCGGGCGAUAUGAUAUGGAAUAAGUCAUCAACAAUUGCCUUUGUACCGCAACAACCAUGGCUGCUGAAUGCCAGUAUACGUGAAAAUAUUCUAUUUGGCGAAUCAUUUCGACCGAAACGUUAUGACUUUGUGUUGGAUGCCUGUGCUCUAAAGCCGGACAUAGAUUUGAUGCCAGCGGGAGAUUUAACUGUUAUCGGCGAGAGAGGCAUUAAUUUGUCGGGUGGCCAAAGGCAACGUGUGGCAAUUGCCAGAGCCUUGUAUUCAUCGGCCAAUGUGGUGAUAAUGGAUGAUCCCUUAUCAUCGCUGGACAAUGAAGUGGCCCGUCACAUUUUCGAACAGAGCAUUAAGAAGAUGCUGCUGAAAGCCAAUCGCACUGUCAUUUUGGUGACACAACAAUUAAAUCUGGUACAACAGGCGCACAAUUUAAUUGUAUUGAAAGAUGGUUGUCUUCAGGCAUCCGGCAGCUAUAAGGAGAUCGCAGCCACUCAUCCACACAUAAUCGCCAAAUGGAAUUCAAUAAUUGCAAAAGCCAAUGAAAAGGAACAACAAAACAACCCCAACGAAAACACCGCUUUAGGCCGCACAGCCCGUGAACGUUGGAAAUUAUUUAAAAAUGUUUCGAAAUUGGGUUUAUUGCGUUCCACCUCCUGUACAACACAACAAUCCACCGGAUCUACAACGGAGAGCAAUGGAGGAGGUGGCAAUGAUGCCAUUGAUAUGGCAACGGAAAUGAAAGCAACUUCUGCCGAAAAUAUAUUGGCCGCUGACAACGAAGAUGACGAGUACACAAUCAUGCCAGCGACCUCUUCAAUGGCUUGCAAUUCCGGCUUUAAGCUAUCCCGCACACCAUCUGGUUUCUACAGUUCUCGACAUUUAAUCUAUGACGUCCCACUGCCUCUGGAUGAAUGUCAACUUGAAGGAGUACCGUUGCGACGUCGUCGACGUACUGGUAGUGAUACCUUUCGCAGUGGUCAUAGACCCAGUUCUCGAACCUCAAGUCGCCUCAGUAAUAUCAGUAACACCCCAACCGAAUUACGCAGAAGUUUACUUACCGAUAGUGUUGGCAGUGCUGUAAGUUAUAUGACAAAUUUAAGUAGUAGUGAAGAGGCACCAUCACGUACCCAAUCAUGGCAACCCGUGGCACCGAUGAGCAAACAUCAACCAUUGACCAAGAAUGUUUCAGCACCACCAGCAUUUGUAGAAAAUGGUGAAGGUAAAGAUGAAAUCGAUGCGGCUGAAUCUCCUUUGGAAACGGGUAAUGGUUUUCAACAAUUCCUUAGACGUAUGACUAUGCGUAGAUCGAAUAAAUCGAAAACGGUUGCCCCGGCAUCACAUCAUCACAGGCCCAGGCCUGGUAGUGGAGAUACAGCUAUUGUGAGCAUCUCGGAGGAAUCGUCUGGCAUAGCUGGUUCAUCAGUGCCAUCCAUUGAAUUGAGCUCAGUGCUAACGGAUGCAACUGAAACUGAGACGGAAAGUUGGAUUGCCGGUAUUGAAAAUGAGGAAUCCAUUCAAGAGGAAAUAUAUAAUGAAGCUGAUUAUGUAAUUGAGCGAUGCGAUGAAGUGAAAAUGGAAUUGCCUACAAUGUCCAAGGAAAAAACCCUAUCGGAAAUGGAAUAUUUGAAGGCAAUAUAUAUGGAAAUCAAAAAGUUGAUUCCAAAAAAUUCAAAUGUGGAGUUUUCUGAAGAUAUGUUCUACAAAUUGAAGCGUAUGGAGGACAUAUACUUUGAUGUAAAGGAGGAGCUGUGUAAUAAGCUGGAAUCCUCCAAUGAUAUUUUGGUGCCCCCGGCAAGCCCUCACUAUGGAGGGAAUUUAUUCGCAAGAGGCAAUGAUGGUGACAGUCCACUAGUGCAGCAGAAACAAAUAGAAACCUUGCAGUUUAGCGAGGCUGGAUCUAUGUGCCAGCUGAAGAAAAAGGAAGAUGACGGCACCGAUCUUGAAAAACAGGAACAAGAAGUCGAUUUACAGACUGAGGAGGAGUAUUGUGAUGUUUACUCCAUAGACGAAGAAAUUCCUGAAGAAAGCAAUGUAGAAGAAAAUAGUGAUGUUGUCUACAUGAAUGUAAAAUCCAAGAAAGAAGUGAUUUUUAGAAUGGUGAAGGCGCAUAAGAAAACAGCAAAAACUGUAGUCAAAAUGGAAAACGAAGAAGAAAGCCUCAAGCCAGUCGAACGUUUACAUCGUCGCGGGAAAAUACCUCCGGUUAACGAAGAUUGGAAAGAGAAAAGUUCUAACAAAAACAAUAGCUGGAUAAUGAAAGCAAUAGAUGAAGGUGGAGGAAAUUCUAAUGGAGGCUAUGUCAAUAUUGACUAUAAAGCUUUGUUGGCAAACAAUGCGAAUCACAUGGAAAAACAUGCCGACAAUACCGGAGUUACAACUACAAGCAAUAUCAACAACAAUAACGCAGCCACCACCAACAUGUUGGCCACCAAUGUUACCACUUUGCGAGAUGAUGCAGCAACACCACCAACAAAAACAACAUCAACUGAAAUGCCCAAUUCCAACGAAUUAUACUCGGCCAGGCAGCCAACGGCAGCGGUAGUGGCAACUGGAGGUAGCGGUGGUGGUAGUAGUAAUGGUGCAUUGCUGGUGCAGCAACAUAAAGCGAUAACAUCCGUAAAUAUAUCCGCAAUGCAACAAAUGGGUGUCCACAAUUACGCAACAACCGGCCGUGCCACCACUACUGCCAUUGCUGAUGAUAUGGAAAAUCUGUUCGCUGGCCCUUCAUCUCCGACCAACAGCAGUACGCAUCACGAAGUCACGUAUUAUUUCCACAUUUAUGCCAUAAUUUCCUGCGUAUGCAUAGUCAUGGCCAUGAUAUCGACACCGGCCGGUCAAUGGGCCGGCUGUAAGGCCCGUCGCAAUUUACAUGAAAAACUUCUGCAGUCAAUUAUGCACAAAUCGUUGCAUUUCUUUCAGGUCACACCAUUGGGUCGUAUCAUGAAUCGCUUCAGUAACGAUAUGGCUAUCAUUGAUAAGAAAAUCGCCGCCACUAGCCAACGUUUACUGCAGUUCACUUUGUUAUGCGUGUGUGCCAUUCUAAUCAAUAUUAUCAUCACUCCCUGGUUUAUAGUGGUCACUGUGCCAGUGUGUCUGGCCUAUUAUGUUAUACAGAAGUUUUAUCGUUGUUCAUCCAGGGAAUUGCAGCGCAUUGAAAAUGCAACCAAUACACCGGUUAUAUCCCAUCUAUCCGAAACGAUACAAGGUGUUACCACAAUACGUGCCUACAAUCAGGAAUCACGUUUCACGGAAAUAUUAUUUCGACGAUUGGAAGAAAAUACGAUUGCAUUCACGAUACUCAAUACCAGCAAUCGUUGGUUGGGCAUAUCAUUGCCAACAGGAGGCGUUGUCCUGCAAGAAUAUCUGCCAACCCCCUUGUUGUUCUAUUUCGAUCAUGACCUCAAUUCGAGACAUGUUGUACUAAAGGUUUUGGCGUGUGUAUUCCCCUGGUUCUCUGAACCAGUCUCGUUCUUCCUGCUAACCGAGUGUCAUCUGGGUACCUACAAUUUUCGAGCAUCGCGAGUUACCCAUCUGGCUACGUCGUUAGCCUGUUCUAUAAUUGUGUGGGAUGUAUU